AUUACAAUAACAUGAAUUGAACUGCAUAGCGGGUGAUGGCGGGCACGUCGUUGGCCUUGGCUCAAAGGGCGGUGCACGCUCACUUCUUGCGCCGGCUCAGCACAGAAAAAGUUCCUGGUUCAAGCCAAAGCUUCGGGGACCUGACAACGGCCGAGGUGGUUCAGAACUUUGUGAUGCCUGCCACCUCCGCCGCAAAGUGCAGUCUCGCCGAAGCGCUGUGCUCCGGUCGCGUGGGGCCCAAAUGCGAGCUGCCCUGGGUGUUGCCAGGCGGAACCAUCCUGGACGCGGACGGCGGCGUGCAGAAGGUUUUUGGGCCAGCCAAAUACUUCAUCUCUCAUGCUUGGAACUGUCGCUUCUCGGCACUGGUGGAGUUGUUGGAGCAGCACUAUGCCGCGGUGCCAGCCACACGUGGUGGACAGCGCGUGCUGCCAAUCUACUAUUGGAUUGACGUCCUUGCGGUUUCUCAGCACUUCACGGGCGAUUUCCACGACCAUCCUGACUCGGACUUUCCCGCCGUCAUCCGCACCUGCAAAUCAGUGCUGUUCACCAUGCACCCGUGGCGGGCGCCCGUGGCGCCCACCCGCGUGUGGUGCUUGUUUGAGGUGCUCACAGCCAUCCAGUCGCCAGGUGUGCAGGUGGAGGUGCUGCUGGAUGUUAAGGACACACGCGACACGCGCGUGAAGACCCUGACGAUCAUCAGCAACAGCAUUGACGUGCGCACGGCUCAGGCCACGGUCAUGUCAGACAAGAACUACCUGCUGGGCUGCAUCGAGCAGGGCCUGGGCUUUGCGGCCUUCAACAACGCCAUACGCAAGCGUCUGAAGGAGGCUCUGCUGCAGGCUGUGACGCCCAACGCGGUGGAGAUGGGCGACACGGCGGCGCUGCACGAGCUGCUCAAGGUUGGCGGGUGUGUGCGGCCGGACGGCAUCGCUGACCUGGCGUCCUGCUUCCGGUUUGCGUCGGAGGCGGACAUGCUCAACAUCAUGCGCACCAUGCAGCUGCGUGACCUGCGGCCGCGCGGCCUGGUGCUCAGCGGCAAGCAGCGCACCAAGGAGGUCACACUGUCGGACGGGGGGGUGCGUGGCUGGGACGGCGAGAGCUUCAGCCUGCGCGAGUACGGCGAGCUGGAUACGGGCCGGAUGCAGUGGGCCUACCUGCCCGCGGGGCCGGCGCUGUGCCAGGCGGUGGGCGAACUGCUGGCGCCCACGGUGGCGGAGGUGAACGGCACGGCGGCCAGCAGCAGCCGCGGCGUGGAGGAGCUGUGGAUCAGUGUGCGGCCGCCGCGGCCCGACGACAACGCCUUCCCCACAACGCCGCUGCUGGCCGCGGCGCGCGGCUCGCCUGCCCUGAGCACCGCCGGCUCCGAGACGGCCACACCCCGGGGGCCCGGCAGCGGCGUGCUGGCGGACGGGUCGGACCCGGGUGGCCCGCUGGCGUCCAAUCGCUCGGACGUGGCCGGGGCUCCCUCGCUUGGUCCCAGCAGCCGGCCUGGGUCGGGGCUGAGUCCAGGCGGGGCGCCGGGCAGCGCCACAGCCGCGCGCGCAAUGGCCCGUGCCGCAGUGACCGCGUCGCCGCACCGGCAUCGGCUGCAGACAAGCCAUAGCAUUGGGCACAGCCCCACCACCCCAUCUCGGCCCAGCAGCGGCAGCGGCGGCGUGUCGCCGCGACUGCUGUACAGCCCGCAGACGGGCACAACGGGGCUCACGUCCACCGCAUCGCUACGCGGGCGCAGCCACAUGGUCCUGCCGGUGGGCGGCCGUCCGGCCGGCGCAGUGGUGGCUGCCUCUGCCUCCUUCAAAGACUACUCGACCUCGUCGUCGCAACAGCAGCGGGAGCGGCCGGCGCUGCCGGCACUCACGCUGGCGGGCGGCGGCAGCGGUAGCCCCAGCCCACGUGUGUCGUGUGCGGGCACCGGGCCAGCGGGAGCAGGCAUGGCGGGCGCCCUGGUCAGUCCGAGCGGCGGCGCCGGCGGCCCGCGGAUGUCCUUGGGUGGGCAUGCGGCUCAGCCAGGUCUGGCGUCGGCGCUGCUGGCUGCGGGCAACAGCUCGGGGGUCAGCCCCCGGGGGUCGACGGGCGGGCAUGCGGGCGGGUUGGGUCUGGCGGCGGCGAUGCUUGGCAGCAGCAGCGUCGGGGGCGGUGGAGGCGGGGGCGGCAGUACCGGACCCAGUCCGCGCGUGUCGCUGGCAGGGCACCAGCCUGUUGGCAGCGCAGGCGGCGGCGGCGUGCUGGCAUCUCUGGCGCUUGGCAGCGAGUGCAGUCCCUUUGGCGGCGUGCGGCCGCCGCCACUGUCUGGCCUGAGCCUGGGAAGCGGCGGACCCAGCCCGCGUGUGUCGGUGUCGGGGCUUACACCCACGCCGCCGUCACAGCCCCAGCCGCAACCGCCGGCGCAAGCCUACAGCAGCGUGAGCAUGCCCAGCCCGCGGCGCCGCGUCUCCAUGAACGGCGGAGCCGCAGGUUCCGUUGGGGCAGCUGCUGGCGGUGGUGGUGGCGGCGGUGGUGGUGGGCAGGAUCCGCUGCUUGCGGAGAAUGUGGGGUCGCCGGUGUUGCCGUUCGAGAGCGCGGUAGGCGUACCACUGCCGCCGGGGCGGCCGGGCCUGUGGGCCGGCAUCGGCGCCAGUCGCUGGCUGCGGCACCUGUGCCUGCACCAAUGCGUGUUGGGGCCGGAGGAUGUACAGAACUUGACGGAGGCGCUGUUGCUGAGUGACCAACUGGAGGUGCUGCAGUUCGUCAAGUGCACGGCCCCCGGCGCCGAGUCCUCGGGUGCGCACUCCACCGCCCGCCUGACGGGGGAGCUGCUGGCGCUGGGGCUGUCGGCCAGCAACCUGCGGCAGCUGCACGUGCGGCCUUCAGACCCCCUGUACCUCGACAACCUGCCCGCCUGCAUGGCAACUAGCUCCUCGGACCUGCGCCGCAUCUCCCUCACGCCGGUGGCGCUUGGCCCCGCCGCCAUCCGGCAGCUGGCCCGCGCGCUGUCCGUCCUGCCGGAGCUGCACAGCCUCACCGUGGGCUUGGACCCGGCGCCCUUCACCACCUUCAUGCCGCCGGAGCUGUCUGACCGGGAGCACUGGCUGGCGCACGAGGACAAGAACGAGCCCGACAUGGCGCUCAAGCGGAGGCGCGUCAUGGGGCUGGACGAGGAUGGCCUGUCAGCGCUGGUGUGUCAGGCCUGGGAGCUGAAGGACGACCUGACCGCGCUGCCCAGCGCCGGCCGCACGCCCAUGGCCACACAGCAGCGCGCCGCCGGGCUGGGGCUGUGCCUGGCGCUGGCGGCGGGGUGGCGCGACCUGGGCGCCUACAAGCGCAUCUACGCGCGCUGGGCGUGGAUGCGGAAGAGCUCCGUGGACGAAGCGCUGGCCGAUAUGUCCAAGGGCUUCGAGGCCUACCGGGAGCUGGUGGCGGAUGCACUGCAGUUUGUGCCGGAGAGCUAUGCGCAGCGCUUCAACGCGGCACGCCAGGCGAACAAGGCCAGGACGCGUGUACAGGAGACGUACUGGGAGCUAUACGCCAGCACGCCGACUGCGCCCGCCCCGCCGCCGGAGUGAAAGAACCCGCUGCUUCAGCAACUUGAUGUUGAGUCCACUUUCGGUCUGGUCCCGCUGCUGCAUGACACACGGGUGUAUCGUGUUCGCAAAGCACAGCGAGUACCCCGAGGGAGUACAGUUAAGGCAGGCGUGCGGCACGCCGCCUCGUCCAAACGCAUGUGGCUUUCAUUCAUACACAGCGCAUACAGUACUUCUGACGCUUUGAUGCAUGUCUGGGUACGCUUAAAGUUUGUACUUGUGGUCGGGCGCUAGCUACGGAGCAAGGGCUUAGGCGUAGGUUCGGGCCCAGGACAAAUACGACGCCAGAGGUGAUUUAGUGGACAUGUGGGGAAGGUGUUUUGCAUGACCGGCGACGUGCCAUAUGCAAAGUCUCAGGGGCAGGUAGUUGCAUGUGGUAUUCUUACAUGCUCGGGAUAAUGGUACCUAACACUAACAGGAUGUGCGAUGGCAACUUUCAUCGUCGGUUGACCUCCAUCUCCUGAGGCUGUUUGGAUGCUGGAUGGGCCAUGCGUGGACAAAAGGGUGAUGAUGCCCAAUGUAUGCGCGGCUCCACG